CGUCGAAUUACCUCAUAACACAUCGUUUGCAACUAAAGCUAGCUACCUCUUACAUACCCAGCAGAUCAGCAUGGCUAACUCACCAACGCCGACGAUCCUAACGGCCCUGGCUCUUGGGCUAGCCCUCCUCUGCGCCGCUGGCCCCGCGGCCGCGCAGAACUGCGGCUGCCAGCCAGGCUUUUGCUGCAGCCAGUUCGGCUUCUGCGGCACGACCAAACCCUACUGCGGCAAGGGGUGCCAGUCGGGCCCGUGCUUCCCGUCGGGGGGCGGCGGCGGCGGCGGCAGCGGCAGCGGCAGCGGCGCGUCGGUGGCGAGCGUCGUCACCGACUCGUUCUUCAACGGCAUCACGUCCCAGGCCGGAAGCGGGUGCGAGGGCAAAGGCUUCUACACGCGAAGCGCGUUCCUGAACGCCGCCAACGCGUUCCCGAACUUCGCAAAAGGUGGCUCGGAGGUCUUAGGCAAGCAAGAGAUCGCCGCCUUCUUCGCGAACGUCGCGCACGAGACCAGCCAUCUGUGCUACAUCAACGAGAUCAACGGGGCGAGCAUGAACUACUGCGACCCCAAAAAAACGCAGUGGCCGUGCGUAUCGGGGCAGGGGUACUACGGGCGCGGCCCGCUGCAGCUGUCGUGGAACUACAACUACGGGCCGGCGGGGAAGUUCAUCGGCUUCGACGGGCUGGCAGACCCGAGCAAGGUUGCGCAGGACCCCGUGGUGUCGUUCAAGGCGGCGCUCUGGUACUGGAUGAACAACGUGCACCAAGUCAUGCCCCAGGGGUUCGGCGCGACGAUCAGGGCCAUCAACGGCGCCCUCGAGUGCAACGGGAAGAACACAGCCGAAAUGAACGAUCGGGUGAACCUCUACAAGCAGUACUGCCAGCAGUUGGGCGUCGACCCGGGAAGCAACCUCACCUGCUAGAGGUGUCGGGUUCAUGCAUGCAUUGCCUGGCUCGUGAAGAAUAAAUGCUUGGCGUCGCACACUUACACUGGCGACUGAAGUGAAAACCAGAGUUUAACGAGUACUAUGUACUAGUAGUAAUAAUAAAAUGCAGGGGCUGAGCCAGUUUAUUCAACCUGAAUAAUGAAGCAGUUGUAUUUUUCUCUUCAUGAAAUACAUGCGAUAUAUGUGCGAUCCGAAAGAAAAA